AUGGGUGUCCCCAAGUUCUUCCGAUGGCUCUCGGAGCGGUAUCCGGCCAUCUCACAGCUGAUUGCCGAGAACCGCAUCCCCGAGUUCGACUGCCUCUACCUCGACAUGAACGGCAUCAUCCACAACUGCACGCACAGCGACUCGGACGACGCGAUGACCCGCCUGAGCGAAGAAGAAAUGUUUAUACGCAUCUUCAAUUACAUAGAGCACCUGUUUGGCAAAAUCAAGCCCAAGCAGAUGUUCUUCAUGGCCAUCGACGGCGUGGCCCCCCGCGCCAAGAUGAACCAGCAGCGCUCGCGUCGUUUCCGCACGGCCCUCGACGCCGAGAACAUGCGCAAAAAGGCCAUUGCCGAGGGCCAGCAGAUGCCUGCCGAAGAUCCCUUUGACAGCAACUGCAUCACCCCGGGCACCGCCUUCAUGGCCAAGCUGUCCACCCAGCUCAAGUACUUUGUCAACAAGAAAGUCAGCGAGGACAAGGAGUGGCAGCAGUGCAAGGUCGUGCUGUCGGGCCACGACGUCCCCGGCGAGGGCGAGCACAAGAUUAUGGAGUACAUCCGGAACGCCAAGGCGCAAAAGGACUACAACCACAACAUGCGGCACUGUCUGUACGGCCUCGACGCUGAUCUGAUCAUGCUGGGUCUGCUGAGCCACGACCCGCACUUCUGCCUCCUGCGCGAGGAGGUCACCUUUGGUCGCCAGAACAAGACCAAGUCCAAGGAGCUGGAGCACCAGAACUUUUACCUGAUGCAUCUCUGCAUUGUACGCGAAUACCUCGAGCUCGAAUUCCAGGAGCUCAAGACUGAGGGGCUCAUGAAGUUCCCCUUCAACUUGGAGCGCAUCAUUGACGACUUCAUUCUCAUGGCAUUUUUUGUCGGAAACGACUUUUUGCCCAAUCUGCCGCGCCUUCACAUCAACGAGGGUGCUCUGGCAACCAUGUUCACAUUAUAUAAGCGCGUGCUGCCACAGUGCGAGGGCUACAUCAACGAGGGCGGCAGCGUCAACGUGGAGCGCCUCGGCAAGCUGCUCGCAGAGCUCUCCAAGGAGGAGUUCCGCUUUUUCGAGCACGAGAUCGAGGGCGAGAAGUGGUACCAGGCGAAGCUGAUGAGUCACGCGCCGGCGGGCGAGGGACUCACCAUCGCCGUCGACAAGAAGAAGCGCGGUGGCCGCAACCACGGCAGCAGCACCAACGGGACGCCGAGCAGCAGCAACACCAACAGCUUUGCCCCCACGCCCACGCCGCAGUCCACCGCCGCCGCCGCCGCUGCCGCCAACAAGGGCAAGAUCCAGCUGUCCAACUUCCAGAAGGAGCUCUGGAAGUCCAAGAUCCGUAAGUUUGUCAGCAAGCCGACAGCAACGCCCCUGGAUCUGGGCGCCGAUCUCAAGGCGGACGACCGCAAGUUCGUCCAGGACCUGGCCGACAGUCUGAGAAUUGACUGGCGGACCGACGAGGAUGGCGAGGGCAACCGCCGCUUGGUCCUCUCUUUCCCCGCCGACCGUGUGUCCAAUAAAAAUGGACAGAACGAGGACGACGAGGAAGAGGAAGAGGCGCAGCUGGCCCUCUUCCGUGUCAUGAAGAAAUACGACACGGCCGACGUCGUCGACGUCUUUGCCGGCGAGAGCCAGGAGGCCCUCGACAAGCUGUACAUGCUCAAAUUCCAGCAGUGGAAAGACGCCUACUACAAGGACAAGUUCCACUGGUCCGACGCCGAGCUGAGCAGCGAGGUUCGCAAGAUCUGCGAAAACUACGUCCAAGGCCUGCAAUGGGUCCUGUUCUACUACUACCGAGGCAUUGCCUCGUGGCCGUGGUUCUACCAAUACCACUACUCGCCCCUGAUUUCCGACGUCAUCAAGGGCCUGGGCGCCGACCUCAACUUCAAGCUCGGCCAGCCCUUCCGCCCCUUUGAGCAGCUCAUGGGCGUGCUGCCGGACCGCAGUAAGAGCAUUGUGCCCACAGUCUACUGGGGCCUGAUGACAGACGAGAACUCGCCCAUCAUCGAUUUCUACCCGCGCGACUUUGAGCUUGACAUGAACGGCAAGAAGAUGGAGUGGGAGGCCGUCGUCAAGAUUCCCUUCAUCGACGAGCGCCGAUUGCUGGACGCCAUGGCGCCCAAAAACGACCUUCUCUCGGACGAAGAAAAGGCCCGCAACGAGUUUGGCGUGCCCAUUGAGUUUGCCUUCCAGCCCGACACCGACUUUGUCUACCUGUCGCCGCUGACGGGCAUAUUUCCGGACGUCACGCACUGCCGCUGCGUCAUGAACAUCUUUGACCUGCCGCCCACGGAGGGCCUCGAGUACCUGCACGACCUGACAGACGGCGCGCUGCUCAACGCGUCGGCCCUCGCAGGCUUCCCCAGUCUGCACACGCUGCCCUACCACGCGUCCCUCGGCUUCCACGCCGUCAACGUGUUCCAGCAGGACAGCCGCAACGCCAGCAUGGUCGUCACCCUGUCCGACUCGGAGGCGCGCACCAACAUUGAGGCGGCCAAGCGUAAGCUCGGCCAGCGCUGCCACGUUGGCUACCCGUUCUUGCAGGAGGCCAAGGUUGUGCGCGUGUCGGACGAGCUCUUCAGCUACACGCUCGACGACAAGGGUGCCGUGGUGCAGACACCGCACGGCGGCCGUGAGCUCGACCGCUGGUCGUCCAAGGCACGCAGCAUCGAGGAAUUUUACAGCAAGCGCCUGGCCAUUCUGACGGGCACCGUCGAGUCGCUCGUGCACGUGCACAUGCUCAAGGGCCUGAUCAAGACCGACGACGGUGCCACGAUCAAGGAGUACGGCGAGGUGCUCUCCAUGGAGACCGACUUUGCCACACAGGUGAUUGUCGAUGCCGUCGUCAAUGAGGACGAGCGCUUCAUUGAGCGCGCCGCCGUGCCCAUCUCCGAGGAGUUCCCUGUCGGAUCGCACGCCUUCUACCUGGGCGACUACGCCUACGGCCGUCCGCUUGGCGUGGUCGGCCACAAGGGCAACCGCAUGGACGUCAUGGUGUCUGUCCUCAAAGACAAGGAGAACGACUUUGCGCACGGCAUUGUUGCCCGCGCCGAUCGCACCCACCGCUACACGCCGUCGUACGCGGUGGCCAAGUCCCUGGACCUGCACCCGCUGUCGCUGAGCAAGAUCACGUCGUCCUUUUUCGUGUUUUCUGUCGGCAACCUCAAGGUCAACCUGGGCCUGAACCUCAAGUUUGAGGCCAAGAAGCAGAAGGUGCUGGGCUUCUCGCGCAAGUCGGGCACUGGCUGGGAGUUUAGUUCCCCGGCCAUCCAGCUCAUUGCCAACUACAUGGUGGCGUUCCCCGACUUCUUCGCCGGCCUCAAGCACCUGCCGCAGAACCGCGACAUUAAAGACACGGACAUCUGGCCGGACCAGGCGCUGGCAUCAAAGCGCGUCAAGGAGAUUGGCGCGUGGCUCAAGACGCAGGAGACGAGCAAGCUCGAGCGCGUCCCGCUGGACGCCGAGCAGCUCGACUCGGACAUUGUGGGCCAGAUCGCCGCGGCUGCCGACGACUCAUCUGCCGCCACAGCCCCCACCGAGACGAAGCCUAUCAAGAAUGUCCCUCGCAACGCGGUGCUGAAACCCGCCGACGCCGAGCAGCGGCUGGGCAACCAGAGCUUUGCGCUCGGCGACCGGGUCGUCUACGUGCAGGACUCGGGCAAGGUGCCCAUUGCCCUGCGCGGCACCGUAGUGGGCAUCAGCCGCACGCCCACCACGAAACUGCUGGACGUUGUGUUUGAUACAACGUUUAUGAGCGGCACCACGCUCGGCGAGCGUUGCCCGCCGUUCCGUGGCCAGAUGGUGACGGCAUCGUCGGUUCUCAACCUGUCUAACCGCCAGGUCGUCGCCGGCUCGCGCGCGGCCAUUGAGCGCAAGCCGAAUGCCUCGCUGACGACACUGACGACGCCGACGACCGGCUCCGGUGGCAGCGGUGGUCAGCAGAAUGGCCCGAACGGCCACGGUUUCCGGCAGUACCGUGAUGCAGCACCGCCUGCCCCUCUGCGCGGGUCGUUUCGCGGCGCUCUGAACGGCAGUAACAAUGGCCGUGGGCGCGGCAAUGGCAGCCAGCAGCAGCAGCAGCAGUCGCGCGCGGGACCGCGCCCCGGCACGACCCUCGAACAUAGCAGCCUCGUGUACCGCCCCGGUGGACAAGGACAAGGACAGGGACAGGGACAGCAGCCACAACAGCAGCAGGCCAACGGCCGCGGUGGCCGCGGCGGUCGGGGCGGCCGUGGUGGCCGUGGUGGCAAUAGCCACAGCAACGGCGACGGCCAGCAGCAAACCGCGGCUGCGCAGUCGUUCAACGCCGUGCCGCCGCCGGCCAACCUCGAGGCCCAUCGUGGAGGUCGGGGUCGUGGCCGUGGCCGGGGUCGUGGUGGCCGCGGCAAUGCCGCCGGCGGCCGUGGCGGCAACGGUGCGGGCCAGCAGCCAACCAAGAACGGCGGCGGCAACAGUUCCAAUGCCGCUGCUCCUGCUCCGUCAGCGGCGUAA